AUGCCAGGAGGUCGGAGGUGCCAGGAGGUCAACCAGCAGGAGGUCAAGAGUGCUAGGGAGGUCAUGGGUGCUGGGAGGCCGAGUGCCAGGAGGCCAAGGGUGCCAGGCCAAGGAGCAGGAGGUCAAGGGGUGUCAGGAGGUCGAGGGGUGCCAAAAGGUCGAGGAUGCCAGAAGGUCGAGGUGCCAGGAGGUCAAAGGUGCCAGGAGGUCGAGGGUGCCAGGAGGUCAACGGUGCCAGGAGGUCGAGGGGAGCAGGAGGGCAACGGUGCCAGAAGGAGGUCGAGGGUGCCAGGAGGUCAACGCAGCCAGGAGGUCGAGGGUGCCAGUAGGUCGAGGGUGCCAGGAGGUCAAGGGAUGUCAGGAGGUCGAGGGUGCCAGGAGGACGAGGGUGCCGGGAGGUCGAGUACUAGGAGGUCAAGGCCAGGAGGUCGAGAGUGCCAGGAGGUCAAGGGUGCCAGGAGGUCAAGAGUGCCAGGAAGUCAAAGGUACCAGGAGGUCAAGGCUGCCAGGAGGUCGAGAGUGCCAGGAGGUCGAGAGUGCCAGGUCAUGGGUGUCAGGAGGUCAAGGGUGCCAGGAGGUCGAGUGCCAGGAGGUCAAGGUGCCAGGAGACGAGGUGCCAGGAGGUCGAAAGAACUAGGAGGUCAAGGCUGCCAGGAGGUCGAUAGUGCCAGGAGGUCGAAGGUGCCAGGAGGUCGAGAGUGCCAGGAGGUCGAGAGUGCCAGGAGGUCAUGGGUGCCAGGAGGUCAAAGGUGCCAGGAGGUCGGGGGUGCCAGGAGGACGAGGGUGGCAGGAGGUCAGAAAGUACUAGGGUGGUGUGGGAGUCGAAAUGGUGCCAGGAGGUCAGAAGGUGCCAGGAGGGUCGAGAUGUGGGAGGUCAGAAGGUGCCAGGAGGUCAUGGGUGCCAGAGGUCAAGGUGCCAGGAGGUCGAGGAGCCAGGAGGUCGGUGCCAGGAGUCGAGGUGCCAGGAGUCCGAGGAGGUCAGAGUGCCAGGAUGUCAAGGCACAGGAAGUCAAAGAGUGCCAGGAGGUCGAGGGUGCCAGGAGGUCGGGGUGCCAGGAGGUCAAGGAGCCAGAAGGUCAAGAGUGCCAGGAGGUCAAAGCUACCAGGAGGGCAAGGGUGCCAGGAGGUCAGAGUGCCAGGAUGUCAAAGGCACAAAAGUCAAAGGUGCCAGGAGGUCGAAGGUGCCAGGAGGUCGAGGAUGCCAGAAGGUCAAGGGUGCCAGGAGGUCGAAGGGUGCCAGGAGGUCGAAGGGUGCCAGGAGGUCAAGAGCCAGAAGGUCAAGAGUGCCAGGAUCAAAGCUACCAGGAGGUCAAGGUGCCAGGAGGUCAAGAGUGCCAGGAGGUCAGGGGUACCAGGAGGUCGAGGUGCCAGGAGUCCAAGGUGCCAGGAGGUCUGCCAGGAGGUCAGCAGUGCCAGGAGGAUGUCAAGGCCAUGAGAGGUCGAGGCAGGAGGUCGAGAGUGCCAGGAGUCGAGGGUGCCAGGAGGUUAAGGGUGCCAGGAGGUCGAGGUGCCAGGAGGUCAAAGUACUGGGAGGUCAAGGCUGCCAGGGAAGGUCAAGUGCCAGGAGGUCGAGAGUGCCAGGAGGUCGAAGGUGCCAGGAGGUCAUGGGUGCCAGGAGGUCAAGAGUGCCAGGAGGUCAAAGAGGUCAAGAGUGCAGGAGGUCGAGAGUGCCAGGAGUCAAGGGUGCCAGGAGGUCAAGGGUGCCAGGAGGUCGAGGGUGCCAGGAGGUUAAGGUGCCAGGAGGUCGAGGUGCCAGGAGGUUAA